UUCUCAACCAAUUUCCCCACCGCCACGUAACGUCAAAAUCCAGGUGUCUACGAUCAGGCUCUACGAGUACUACCAUGGCCAGCUUUCUUUCCCGCACCAGCGCGGCGCUUCUGCUCGCUGCCGCGCUGAUCUCCCAGCUGCCCAUCUCGACCCGCGCAGUCCCGGUGGCCCAAUUGGGGGCUCAGCUUAAGAACGCGGACGUCCAAGAAAGCCUUGUGGCGCGUCUCUUCGCGCUGGACGGCACCAAGGACAUCUCCGGCGUGACCAUUCUCAUCGCGCGGUCAGACGCCAUCAGGUUGGCGGCCUAUAGCUACGCGACGCAGGACAACUCGACGCGCAAGUACAACCAAGCGGUGUACGACGCGCUCAAAGCCAUGGACGAGGCGUCAAGGUCAAGCGAUAGCGGGUGGUCCACGGCCCUCCAGGGCGUCCCUCCUAACGUCGCCGGCACGCUGACGGACAUCUGGAAGUUCCAGAUCGUCAAGGAGUACAUCCCUCCCGCCGUCGCCACGCAAAAGUACUCUUCCGGCGGCCCCUGGGAGCUCCCCACGAUGGAGGGGCAGCCGCUCUGGAUGUCAUUCAGUCCGUACCGCGGGGGAACGUGGAACGUGUCGGGCAUGUCGCCCCAGCAGCAGGCCACCACGCCGCUGCCGAGGUCCAGCAUCGGCUACGUGCAGGCGGACGGCAGCCCCUUUGCGUACACUGAAGUGGACGUCGGUGACCUCGCGUUGGACAUUCCGAAUGAGGUUGCCGUGUAUAGGAGCUAUGCGGUUCUCUUGCCUUACAACAUGGAUGCUCUUAGCGCGUAUGCAGGUGCUACUGCCUCCAUCUUCCACCUGCUGGCCUUGCUUGGCCUUGCCCUCGGUACACUCCUGCUGGUGUAACCGUAAGAUGUUUUAUGGAGUACAGUCAUGCUAGCGCGAGCACAAGAGAUGCGCCUUGUUGUCGCAGUCACACCAUGAUGCUGAGGGAAUAUGCGGCUGUUUUGAGGAAGGUUCAUUGUGGCACGUGAAGUGAAUGGUGUUGGUAGCUACCAGGAUGAUGUGAAGUUGUGGGUGGAGAAGGGGUGUGAUGUGGUGUAGAGAAGAGACUGUAGAUAUGAGCCAGCUUACAGCAUCUGAGAGUAGGGCUCCAAAUGUGUGUCUUUCGAUGUAACAGGGCUGUUUUGUGGUAUGGUAUAACUCCUAAUUAUGCAACCUUGUAAUACCG